CUCUCUCCCCCUUUCUCUCUCUGUGGAGUUCCAAAUUCUAGUUCCAGUUCCAGAAUGAUGCUGGCAGCCAGUCUCAUUUUGACUUGACCGAGGACGAAGCUCACGAACCAAAGCCUCUUAAAUUCAUCCAUCACCUAUCAUCUCGUCUCCUCAUCUCUCUGUCUCUGCUACAAGUCUCUAUCGAGCCUCGAGAUCGCUCGAUGGCUCGCUCUCACUGAUCAAUCUUGCAGACAAUCCGUGAACCGGCGACUCCCGUUGACUCAAUCAUGACCGGAGGUGGACGAAGGACCGCCCGGAGCAGGACCAAGUCCGGGCCUGAUUCCGGCGACGGCGAUCCUUCGCAGACCGCGAGGCCUUCCUUGAGGCGCCACAGAGAUAGAAGCAAGAGCGGCGGCGGUUUCCUCAGAAACCUUGACGUUAACCUCAAAUACGUGCUCGGCGCCGGCGCCGUCGCGUUUCUGGUCAUAUUUUUCAUGGUCAAUCACCUGGUUAAGCCGGCGGAGGAAGCGAAGCGGCCGAGGGUCGUGACGCCGUUCCCUGCUCCGAAGAUCAUGGACCUUCCUCAGCACAGAGAGAGCUUGUACUGGGGAACAUACAGGCCUCAUAUUUAUCUAGGAAUUCGAGCGAGAGUGCCACGUUCUCUGCUUGCUGGCUUAAUGUGGAUUGGUGUAACCGAUGGGAGGUACUCCCUACGCCAUGUCUGCCAAGAUAGUGAUGGACUAAGUUCUUAUGGAUGGACCAGCCAUAAUGGCCGUGAUUUUGGGCAUCAGGUGUUGGUCGAUCAUGGCACGGUAUUGGCAACAAGUUUCUUGAAAUCCAAGGAAGUUGGAAGUGGUUAUGGGGGAGACUGGGCAGUGCGAAUUGAGGUGCAAAGCCCAAAAAAUUUGGAAAAAUUCGCAUCUCUUUUCUAUUUGGCAGAUGAAGAUGGAAAUGCUCUAGAUAUGAGCACAGAUGCCUUGAAAAAUCGUGAUCUCACUCUCUUGGCAUCAGGUACAAAGUCGGACAUUGGAGAUUGGCAGUUGCAUUUGAAAUCAACGGAUGAUAUCGAAAUGCAUUACUUGGGUUUUAGGACACCUCAUAUGCAUAAUUUAUCUGAUCUUGUCCAAGAAAAUCUUGGGGCACAAGCAAGAAAAUAUGGAGGGCUGCAAUUGUCUGACUCAACCCAUCAUUCUUCAAAUGUCUUAGUUUUCCAGAUUUCUGCCAGGAUUCCUGUUAAAAUGGAUAUUGCUUUUGUAUCUGGAGUUGGUUCUGAAAGGUCAAGGGUUAAAGAACGUGUCAGCAGUCUUACAGGUGAAUCAUUGACAAGCCGCUUGGAGGAAAAGCAAAGAGAAUUCAACAACAAAUUUGAAAAGACCUUUAACCUGGCUGACAAGCUUGAUAAGGAAUCCAUAGUAGUUGGAAAGGCUGCUAUUGGCAACAUGUUGGGAGGCAUUGGCUACUUCUAUGGCCAGUCCAAAAUAUCUGUCCCUGCAGCUGCUAAUCUUCAAAGGCAUAAUGAUUAUCUCUCCUAUUGGCCAGCUGAGCUAUACUCUGCUGUCCCAAGCCGUCCAUUCUUUCCUAGGGGCUUUUUGUGGGAUGAAGGUUUCCAUCAGCUGCUGAUCUGGCGUUGGGAUAUUCGGAUUUGUUUGGAUAUUCUUGGCCACUGGUUGGACUUAAUGAACAUUGAUGGCUGGAUUCCCCGUGAACAGAUAUUGGGGGCUGAAGCUCUUAGUAAAGUCCCUGAGGAAUUUGUUCCACAGCAUCCAAGUAAUGGGAAUCCACCAACAUUGUUUCUGGUUUUACGCGAUUUAAUUGAUGGCAUGAAAGCGAAAAAGUUCAAUGCUGCUGAAAGCGACAAGAUCUCUUCCUUCCUAGAAUCUGCAUCUGAUCGUCUUGAUGCCUGGUUUCAAUGGUUCAAUACGACUCAGUCAGGGAAGGAGAAGCGAAGCUAUUAUUGGCAUGGGCGGGAUAGCACGACCCUCCGUGAGCUCAAUCCAAAGACACUUUCCUCAGGAUUGGAUGACUAUCCACGAGCCUCACAUCCUAGUGAAGAUGAACGCCACUUAGAUCUUAGGUGCUGGAUACUUCUUGCUGCUGAUUGCAUGCAUUCAAUUGGAACUCUUUUGGGAAAGGAAGACAAAACUAUAAAGGAUUACAGUGCAACAGCUAAGCUACUUGCAGAUUUUGACUAUCUUAAUCAGAUGCACUUUGAUGCUGCAGAUGGAGCUUACUAUGACUUUGGGAAUCAUACAGAAAAGGUACGUUUGAGGUGGAAAGAAGUCGUGGUUGGAAGCAAUCAUGCAACUCGGGAGCUUGUCCGAGAUGUAUUGGAAAGACCGACGUUGAGACUGGUUCCUCAUGUUGGUUAUGUCAGCCUUUUCCCAUUCAUGAGGAGGAUAAUUCCAACUGACUCAUGGAUUUUGGAAAAGCAGCUUGACCUUAUCUCAAACAAGAGUGUUUUAUGGACAGACUAUGGACUUCUCUCCGUUGUAUGCAACAGUACCUUAUACAUGAAGCGCAAUACAGAGCAUGACCCUCCAUAUUAGGGUCCAAUAUGGAUGAACAUGAAUUACUUGAUUCUUUCUGCACUUCACCACUACUCAACCGAGGAUGGGCCAUACAGAGACAGAGCUAAAGUCAUUUACGAUGAAUUGAGGGGCAACUUGAUUAGAAACAUAGUCCGCAACUACCACCAGACUGGGUUUCUAUGGGAACAGUAUGAUCAAUCGAAGGGUAAUGGAAAAGGUGCUCGCCUCUUUACUGGUUGGACAUCGCUCAUACUGCUGAUCAUGUCAGAAAAUUACCCCCAAAGUUAAAGAUAGCUCCCCGAACGCCAAUGAGCUUCCCGUUCUUUGUUUCUGAGGUUAGAGGAAAUCUACUGAUGUGAUCAUACGCUGUUGCACGGCCAAGGAAGAUUUAUGGGAAUGAGAGAGGAAACGCAGAGCUGGUGUCAGAUACCCCUCCUAAGGAUACAUUAUACGUGAAGUUGAUUAUAUGUGGUCUUAUUGGGAAGAUCAUCCUGCAAAUGAUCGUAGACGCUGCUUAAGCAGCAGGGAACUUAGGUUAACGUUUUUGUAGGCUGGAUGCUUAUUCUGGUGAUUUCUUACAAGAAAUCCAAAGCUCAUUGCAGUUGAUUUAGCUA